CUACAACGAGGCUACCAUACGCGUUCAGUAGUUGCGGUCCGCCGGUGAGCAUUUAUUGACAUUUCGGUUAUCCGUCGUCGCGCGCGCACGCACGACAGUCUACGUCGGUUUUUUCUCUCGUUAUCAUAUAUAAAAUUCGUUUUACCGCCAAAAUUUCCAAAGGUACUUACGAAUCAUCGCAACGGCGACAUGUCUGAAUCGCUUUCGCUGACCGGUAUUGGACCCCCGUCCGGCACCAAAGAACAAAAAUCAAAAUCAUACGCGGUGAACGUACCACAGGAAAAUGCAUCGCUCAACGCCAAUGGAUCUCCACCAUACGAUCCUCACGCGCACAGGAUACUUGAACAUCCCACUACAAAUAACGAGACACUCAUUCACUUGCUCAAAGGCAGUUUGGGAACUGGGAUUCUGGCUAUGCCCAACGCCUUCUACAACUCUGGACUGCUCAUCGGAACCGUGGGAACCAUACUAAUCGGCAUCUUAUGCACGUAUUGCUUGCACGUUUUGGUUAGAUCUCAGUACCUGUUAUGCAAGAGACUCCGAGUGCCCAUACUCAGUUACCCGGAUUCCAUGAAAUACGCCCUACAAGACGGUCCGGCCUUUUUGAGAUUCGGAGUUCCUCUUUCUGCGUUUGUCGUUGACGGGUUCUUGAUCGUCUAUCAGCUUGGAAUAUGUUGCGUGUACAUCAUGUUCAUCGGAACCAGCAUCAAACAGGUGGUGGACAUUUACAUCGAACCGAUGAAUGAGCGGUACUACAUGUUGAUGAUUCUGAUUCCAUUGGUGGCCAUCAAUCUCAUCAGAAACUUAAAGCUUUUGGCGCCCUUCUCGCAAGCAGCCAACAUCAUUACUUUCGUCGGACUUGCCAUUGUACUCUGGUACAUAUUCACUGACCUGCCACCCAUAACUUCGAGACCGUUGAUCGGUGAACCGAGAAAAUACACCCUAUUCGUAGGCACAACCCUAUUCGCGUUGGAAGCCGUCGGUGUGGUAUUGGCGUUGGAAAACAAUAUGAAAACCCCGGCAUCUUUCGGUGGUACAACUGGCGUACUUAACAUCGGUAUGACUAUCAUCACAAUUAUGUAUGUUGGAAUGGGCUUCUUCGGGUACGUCAAAUACGGCGAAGAUGCAAAGGGAAGCGUGACGCUUAACUUACCGAAUGCGGACAUCCUCUCGCAAGCGGUCAAACUCAUCUUUGCGUUCGCUAUAUUCAUCACAUACGCACUUCAAGCGUACGUGCCGGUAGAUAUCAUCUGGAAUACAUACAUGAAGAAAAGAAUUCAAAACUGGGACAAGACGACCAUGGAAUAUCUGCUCCGCAUAUCCGUUGUGCUCAUUACGUUCCUGUUGGCCAUUGCCAUACCGCUGUUGGAGCUGUUCAUUUCGUUAUUCGGUGCCCUGUGUCUGUCCGUAUUGGGUAUCGGAUUCCCGGCCCUUAUCGAGAUCUGCGUCCUGUGGCCCGAACGUAACUUCGGCCGCUUCAAUUAUGUACUCAUCAAGGACAUCAUAUUGAUCAUCAUUGGCAUUUUAGCCCUGGUGCUGGGCACGUACAUCAGCUUGCAGGACAUCGCCAGGAAGUUGUAGUGCGAAUACAAUAUUGCAUGAUUAUUUUAGUCUAUUAAGUUAUUCCCUUUAUUUUGCGAAGAAAAGUUUUACUGGCCGUGCCUAUAAUUUACUAUUAUUAUUAUUAUUAUUAUUACGAUUGUGACCAUACUUUUAUUUCAGUUUAAUUAAUUUAUUAUUUAAAUUUAAUUUUUGCGUGAACGUAAAUCGCGCGUGUUCACAGGGUCUCGUCGUUUCGAAGUAUAUUGUACUUUAAAAAAACAACGAGGUUUUUACGUUUCACGAAGUAUUUUUUUUUUUUAAUUUUCUGAUAUGCCGUAACUCGGUGGUAAAAAAUCCGUCGGAUCUUGUGUACAGUUCAAUAACGGAAUUCGUGAUCGAUUUGAUCAAUACGUUAUUUUUAAUCACUGAAAGGAACAGUAUCUUUCCCAUACGCAUUUUUCGAUAAUUUUUUUUUUCAAUGAUAGUUCUGAUGUUUAUAUUUGCCUCCGCCAUAUGUAGCGUUUGACACUAAAAUAUAGGGCGAGAGUAGCUCAAUUUAUUUUGUAAAAAAAUAAUAAGAAAUUACGUUAUUAGCAUGAGGUUAACAUUUUGAAUGAUGACAAUAUUUUAUUUUUAUACAAUAAACGGAUUUUUAUAGUGCCUUUAGCCAAUAAACUAUAAUAAUAAUGUUAAACUUAAUGAAUAUUAUACUGUUUAGAAGGUGUUAUGAAUAGUUUUAUAUUAUAUCUUUAAAUUUACAUUAUAAUUAAAAGAAGAAAACAAUAUGUGCUGUUACUGACAUCUUUCAGUACUCCUCUAUUUUAAGUUGAAUUUAGUGACUGAAACUCUAUUAGUAAUAAUAAUAUGUUUGUUAUAUUGCAAUAACAUUGUUAUGUUCGGGCAAAUGUGCCCAUAGUAAAGCUGAUUAUUUUUAAAUACUAUAUAAUAUUAAGGUUUUAUAAAACAUUGUGUAAAUAAACACUAUUAUUUAACAAUAA